CCAUGGGCUGCUCGCGGCGGCGGGGCAGCCCCGCGGCGCCGUGAAGCUGGGCGCACAAAGGCAGCGGGCCGGGGCUGCGAGCGGCCACCAUGCACGGCUGCGUCUCCGCCUCCUCCGCCCGGACGCCGCCGUGAGAGCGGCCGGAAAAUGUCCUCGUCGGCGGGCCCCCGCGGCCCCCGGCCCCCGGCGGUGCCUCCCCCGAUGCAGGAGCUGCCCGACCUGAGCCACCUGACCGAGGAGGAGCGGAACAUCAUCAUGGCAGUGAUGGACCGGCAGAAGGAGGAGGAGGAGAAGGAAGAGGCCAUGCUCAAGAGAUUGCAUCAACAAUUUGAAAGCUAUAAAGAACAAGUGAGAAAAAUAGGUGAAGAAGCCCGCCGCUACCAGGGAGAGCAUAAGGAUGAUGCACCAACAUGUGGAAUUUGCCUUAAAACAAAGUUUGCAGAUGGUUGUGGCCAUUUAUGCUCUUACUGUCGGACCAAGUUCUGUGCCCGAUGUGGAGGUCGUGUUUCUCUACGAUCAAACAACGAGGACAAAGUGGUUAUGUGGGUAUGCAAUUUAUGUCGAAAACAACAAGAAAUCUUAACAAAAUCAGGAGCAUGGUUUUUUGGAAGUGGUCCACAACCAUCACCCAGUCAGGAUGGAGCACUAAGUGACACAGCUACUGGUGGAAGUUCUGAUGCACCUAGGGAAAAAAAGGCGAGGCUUCAGGAGAGAUCAAGGUCUCAGACUCCAUUAAGUACAGCAGCUGCCUCAUCACAGGAAAUCUCCUCUUCUAGCGUACAGGCUGACAGGAGGAAAGGAGCAGAAGUAUCACAACAAGCAAUGGGCCUGGAACAAAAGCAAGUUUCAUCCAGGUCUAGAAGUGAGCCCCCAAGAGAAAGGAAGAAGACACUGUUGGUUUCAGAACAAAAUGGAAAAGGAGGUCUCAAAAGUGAACGCAAGCGGGUGCCAAAAUCCUCACUGCAGCAAGAAGGACAAACUGAUGACAGAGAACGUAAAGAAAGGCAUGAAAGUCGAAAACUGGAGAAAGGAAGGUCACAAGACUAUUCAGACUUACCAGAAAAGCUUGAGGAAGGCAAGAUAGCAGAUGAAGAAAAGCAAAGAAAAGAAGAUGAAUAUCACACUCGAUAUAGGAGUGACCCAAAUCUGGCAAGGUAUCCUGUGAAACCACCUCCUGAGGAACAACAGAUGCGUAUGCAUGCAAAAGUUUCUAAAGCACGGCAUGAAAGGAGGCACAGUGAUGUUGCUUUGCCACAUACAGAAAUGGAGGAAGCAGAGGUACCUGAGAAUAAAUUAGGAAAACGCUCUCAAUUACAGGGAACUCAGGACAGAAAAACUCUUGUGGAAACUCAGAGAUCAUACUCUAUAGACAGAACAGGCGAAGUACGAAUUUCCGUUUCUAAACAAUUUGCUAAUCAUAGCCCACCAACUCCCAGACAUAGUCCAGUUCCAGUAGAACACCUUGAAUCCAAGAACCAUGAUUCCUUUAAAAAACAGAGUCGCCUUGAUCCUAGUUCUGCUAUUCUCAUGCGGAAAGCAAAGCGGGAAAAAAUGGAAACUAUGCUAAGAAAUGAUUCCCUUAGUUCUGAUCAAUCAGAAUCAGUGCGGCCAUCCCCUCCAAAGCCUCAUAGAGCAAAAAGAGGUGGAAAGAAAAGGCAGAUGUCAGUUAGUAGCUCAGAGGACGAGGGUGCAUCAACACCAGAAUAUACUAGCUGUGAAGAUGUGGAAAUAGAAAGUGAAAGUGUCAGUGAAAAAGGUGACUUGGAUUAUUACUGGCUGGAUCCUGCCACGUGGCACAGUAGGGAGACAUCCCCUAUUAGUUCGCAUCCUGUAACGUGGCAACCAUCUAAAGAAGGAGAUCGCUUAAUUGGACGUGUUAUUCUUAACAAGAGAACGACUAUGCCAAAAGAAUCAGGUGCAUUACUUGGACUAAAAGUCGUUGGAGGAAAAAUGACUGAGUUAGGACGUCUUGGUGCCUUCAUUACCAAAGUAAAGAAGGGUAGCCUUGCUGAUGUGGUGGGGCAUCUAAGAGCAGGGGAUGAAGUUCUAGAAUGGAAUGGUAAACCCCUGCCUGGAGCUACAAAUGAAGAAGUUUACAACAUUAUUUUAGAGUCAAAAUCAGAACCUCAAGUUGAAAUUAUUGUUUCAAGGCCUAUUGGUGACAUUCCCAGGAUCCCUGAGAGCUCCCAUCCUCCAUUAGAAUCUAGUUCAAGUUCUUUUGAAUCUCAGAAGAUGGAAAGGCCUUCUAUUUCUGUUAUUUCUCCAACUAGUCCUGGAGCUCUGAAAGAUGCUCCACAGGUCCUACCAGGGCAACUUUCUGUGAAACUGUGGUAUGACAAAGUGGGGCAUCAGUUAAUAGUAAAUGUUCUACAAGCAACAGAUCUGCCACCUAGAGUAGAUGGCCGUCCCAGGAAUCCCUAUGUAAAAAUGUAUUUUCUUCCAGAUAGAAGUGAUAAAAGUAAAAGGAGGACCAAAACAGUAAAGAAAAGCCUAGAACCAAAAUGGAACCAAACUUUUCUGUAUUCACAUGUACAUCGUAGAGAUUUUAGAGAACGAAUGCUAGAAAUAACUGUAUGGGAUCAACCAAGAGUACAAGAAGAAGAGAGUGAAUUCCUUGGAGAGAUCCUUAUAGAGCUGGAGACAGCACUUUUAGAUGAUGAACCACAUUGGUAUAAACUACAGACACAUGAUGAAUCCUCACUACCUCUGCCUCAGCCAUCACCUUUCAUGCCCAGGAGACAUGUCCAUGGUGGAGAAAGCUCUAGCAAAAAACUACAAAGAUCUCAGCGAAUCAGUGAUAGUGACAUCUCAGAUUAUGAUGUUGAUGAUGGUAUUGGAGUUGUUCCUCCAGGUUAUAGGUCUAGUACUAGAGAAAGUAAAUCAACAACACUAACUGUGCCAGAACAGCAAAGGACAACACAUCAUCGUUCACGAUCUGUAUCUCCUCACCGUGGCGACGAUCAGGGCAGGACCCGUUCACGUUUACCAAAUGUGCCAUUACAGAGGAGUUUAGAUGAAAUUCAUCAAAUGAGAAGAUCACGUUCUCCAACCAGACACCACGAUGCCUCCCGAAGUCCAGUUGAUCGCAGGUCCAGAGACAUGGAUCGUCAGUAUUUGUCGGAUCAAGAAAGUGAGCUUCUUAUGCUGCCCAGAGCAAAACGAGGAAGAAGUGCAGAGUGCCUACAUACCACCAGAAAUUCUGUUAGGCACUAUAAAACACUACCACCCAGGAUGCCUUUACUAGAGAAUGGUACUCACUGGAAUAUUUACAGCUCAACUCUGCCUGCAUAUGCUAAGACCAAAUCGGUGAUUAGACAGGAUAUUUCUCUCCUUCGUGAUUGCCUUAACUCACAAAUACUGAAAUUUACAGAUGACUCAUUGAUUAGUGAACUACAGCCCUCCCUUGACAGGGCUAGGAGUGCUAGUACCAACUGCUUGAGACCAGACACUAGUUUGCAUUCACCAGAACGAGAAAGGGGUAGAUGGUCCCCCUCCCUAGAGAGGAGACGACCUACUAGUCCCAGGAUUCAUAUCCAGCAUGCAUCUCCGGAGGAUGACAGAACAAGGAUGCUGGAGUCUUGCAUUCCAAAACAAGACAGUAUAAACCAUCUAAGUGCUAAACCUGGAGCAACACAGAGGCAGUCCAGAAAGGUGGAAAGAUAUAACAGCCAAAAACAGACUAGGAAAAGCUCUGCAGCUGAAACAGAAAGGGGUCUUCUACCAUGUCUUUCUAGAAGGGGACUUCCAACCCCAAGAACAACUGAACAGCCAGUCUUUAGGGGAAAACAUCACACUCGGUCAAGGUCGAGUGAGCAUUCUAGUAUCAGACCAUUAUGCUCUAUACAUCAUCUAGCUCCAGGAGGGUCGGCGCCACCUUCUCCACUUCUGACAAGAACACAUCAACAAGGAAGUCCUACACAGUCACCUCCUGCAGACUCAUCCUUCAGCAGUCGUAGGGGAAGACAGCUUCCGCAAGUUCCAGUAAGGAGUGGCAGUAUAGAGCAAGGACAAGAGAAUUAUAACUCUUCCUCGAAAGCAAGCUUAGUAGUGGAGGAGCGAACAAGACAGAUGAAAAUGAAAGUGCACCGUUAUAAUCAGACAACAGGGUCUGGUUCUAGUCAAGAACAUGAGCGUGAGCAAUAUACUAAGUAUAAUAUACAAACAGAUCAGUACAGAAGUUGUGAUAACGUCUCUGCCAAAUCAUCAGAUAGUGAUGUCAGUGAUGUGUCAGCCAUUUCCCGUACCAGCAGUGCCUCACGCCUCAGCAGCACAAGCUUUAUGUCAGAGCAAUCUGAGCGCCCAAGGGGCAGAAUCAGUACAUUUACCCCUAAAAUGCAAGGCAGACGGAUGGGGACUUCAGGGAGAACCAUCACAAAGAGCACAAGUGUGAGUGGAGAGAUGUAUAAACUGGAACACAAUGAUGGGAGUCAAUCAGACACUGCUGUUGGUACAGUUGGAGCAGGUGGGAAGAAAAGACGAUCCAGCCUUAGUGCCAAAGUGGUUGCCAUAGUAUCUCGAAGAAGCAGAAGCACAUCCCAGCUUAGCCAAACAGAGGCUGGCAACAAGAAGCUGAAAAGCACGAUACAAAGAAGCACAGAAACAGGAAUGGCAGCAGAAAUGAGGAAUCGUAUGGUUCGGCAGCCAAGUCGAGAGUCUACUGAUGGCAGCAUAAACAGUUACAGCUCUGAGGGGAACUUAAUAUUCCCUGGCGUGAGACUGGGUGCUGACAGUCAAUUUAGUGAUUUCCUUGAUGGACUUGGACCUGCACAACUAGUAGGCCGACAGACACUAGCAACCCCUGCCAUGGGUGAUAUUCAGAUUGGGAUGGUGGAUAAAAAAGGUCAGUUAGAAGUAGAAGUCAUCAGAGCCCGAGGACUCACGCAAAAACCUGGCUCCAAAUCUACCCCAGCUCCGUAUGUCAAAGUAUACUUGCUGGAAAAUGGAGCCUGUAUAGCUAAGAAGAAGACUAGAAUUGCACGGAAGACCCUUGAUCCUUUGUACCAACAGACACUGGUUUUUGAUGAAAGCCCACAGGGUAAAGUCCUUCAGGUGAUAGUUUGGGGAGACUAUGGCCGAAUGGAUCACAAAUGCUUCAUGGGGGUUGCACAGAUCCUUCUGGAGGAACUUGAUCUGUCCAGUGUGGUAAUAGGCUGGUAUAAAUUAUUUCCACCCUCAUCACUAGUGGAUCCAACCUUGACUCCCCUGACUCGCAGGGCUUCCCAGUCAUCUCUGGAAAGUUCAACUGGGCCUCCUUGCAUUAGAUCAUAGUGAACUUAUAGCAGAGGCUGUCUAAAAAAAUGUUACAACCCAGGAUAAUUGGAAUCACAUAUAUACAUUGAUUAAAAACAUUGUUGGAGAGAGACAAUCACUUCUGUUUUUGCUUGUAGCAGUUAUCCAAAAUAUGUCUGAAUUUUACGUUAAAAAAUGGCGAAAUUGAAAAAACAAUAUAUCAGAUACAGGAAGUCAAUCUACUCGAAACAGUCACUGAUGCUUAUAACAAUUA